AGAGAAGUACAAUUAACCUUUUGCUUAAAUGAAAGAAAAAUAUUCAUUAUUUAUAUGCCGGUAUUAGUAUUGCAAACUACAAUUAAUAGUCUCAGCUAUAUGAGGUUUAUUUUCUAAACAGUCUAGGAAUUUCAAAUAUACCAGUUUCAAAAUGUCUGAUAACGGGGAUCCCCUUUGUGGGGAGAAUGAGCUACCUUCCAACUUGAUCCUUUCAAGAUUUUGCGCAGCCCGAGGCAGAGAAAUUCAAAUCAUGAACAAGGCACUGUCAACCUCAUCGUCCAUCAAAUUGGCUUUUCAAAAACUACCAAAACACAUGAGAAGGAGGGCCAUGUCUCAUAACGUGAAAAGACUGCCAAGACGAUUAAGAGAAAUCCAUAUGAAUCAAAUGAAGAAGUCCGGCUUACCUCCCAAGGCGAAACGUCCUUCGAGGAAGUACAGGCGCAGGCCUUAUACCUUGUCAGACGAGUUUACUAGGAGGCAAAGAAGAGUGACUUGGUUGAAUACACACAUAUGGCAUGCUAAGCGUUUUCACAUGGUCGAAAAGUGGGGGUACAAGUUACCUGAAUCGGGGUGUGAUAGAAGCUUUCGAGCUUGCUACAGAGCUACUGUAAAACACUGUUUACUUCAAGAUAUUUCUUAUAACAGCUGUGUAGAAAUUACAGGAUCUUUUGAUACUAUCGUGGGUUGUUUAAAAAAAAUUACCAGUACUACAGCUGGGUUAACGAUCGCAGCAAAAUCAUACAUAGGAGGGCUCAGGGAAGGUAGGGUUGUUUUGUUCAGUAUUGAGGCCAAAAAAGCAAUUGGUAGUGUUGAUUUUCAGUGGAGGCCGGCAGACUGUGUAGCAGGUAAACGUACUUUGUGGAUAUGGAUUCAUGCGGCUUAUUAUAAAGAAGCACUAAAAACAUUGCUGAUUUCGUUCAACUUGGCUUCCAAUACCGAAACACAAGUCUACAGUAAUGAAAUUGUGGAAGUGAAAGUACUGAAGUGGGAAUUGAGCAGGCUUAGACUGACAGGACCCCUUUCGAAUGCUGUACUACAAAAUGCCUUCAAAUUAGCAAACAAGACAGAACAGAACCCGAACUGGGUAACCGCAUAUUUUCAAAAAGUAUCUGAUAAAGGACUGGCUUCUCCGCAUACAUACUGGGAAAAUCUCAAGUCUGCUACAUCUCCUGCUGAAAUUUCUCCCCACUUGGUUUUGCCUCUAAUAAUUUCAGAUCCCAGGCUUAAUUUUCCAAAGAAACGUAUGAAAGCACUUCCUCCCUUUGAUCUAAGCCAAACGUCUGCUGUAAUAACAGAACAUGUGUACAAUAGCCCUCUGUGGGAGGAGAGUGUUCGUAAAAUUGUUCAGGAAACAAAAAAAUCCAGUGGCGAUCUGGCAAAGUUGCGUGAAAAUUUGUUAGUCCCUGGAUCUGAUUUGGAAGACUGGGAUACAUACCUACCUGUCAUAUUGGUCCAGAGACCUGGAAAAAAAGGUCAGGAUUACAGAGGAUAUGGCAGUGGAUGGGACAUAAUCCUCCCUUCAGUUUGGACACAACCCGUUUGGCUUUCUUUGAUAAUGUGGGGUGCUAGACCCGGUGGAUUGAGAGAAACUGAUAGAAUAGAUUUUGAAUCAGGGUAUCCCCAUUGCUUGAACCCUGAUACGUCUGCAGGGAGCCAGGAAGAACUGUCUAUUUCUGAUAAAUGCAAAGAAGAUUUCUUCAAAGUACCGCCGAAUAAAAGAACCAACUUCAGUAAAUUCAGAAUAGCGAGCCCACUGGAGUGGAAUUGGAAAUUAUUACUGAGCGAAUGGUCAAAAUCUAAUGAAACUAUUACUGAAUUCAAAGUUUUGAGAGACAGAGGAAUGUUGAAAAUAAUUCUGGAAAUCAUGUCCAAAAAAUGUAGUAUCUCUUUGCCACCUCUUCCAGAGAAUUGUUUGAUUCCAGUUCGAAUAACGCUGUCUCAGAAAGGUUCCUGCAAAAAAUUCGCAAUAAUAUGCCUGCCGGAACCCAAAGAUUUCAAAUUAGAGCCGAUGGAACCAAUAAGUCCCGACCCAAACGAAACACUGAGAAAAGAAAUGAGGACAGAACACAAAAUGCUGUUGAAGAGCCUGAGAAGAAAGAGAAUUAGAGCGAGAAAGAAUGGCAAAGUGAUUCCAGUUGACUUGGAAUUGUUGAAAAGUUACAGUAGCAAAAUGAGAAAAUUGUGGCUUCCAGAAGCAAAAAAUAUAAGACACUCGUGUUCUAGAGAAGUAAUGGGGUAUGUUAGACAUGGAGAUUUCAGCUUUUUGGUUGGCAGAAGCAAAGCUCUGGGUUACAUUACGUCGGGAGCUUUGGAAAAACUUCUUUCUUUGAAGUGUAAUAACAAAGUUUUGGUGAGGAAUACGAAUUCAAGGCAGUAUAGGCUGGGAACUUUGGAAGUUGUAUUUGAAUGAAGAAAUGUUAUGGUUUGAUGUGAGUGUGCUAAUGUAUUCAAUUUUUUUCUUGUAUCAUAGUAAUUCAGUCAGAUAUUUGAUUUUAAUGCAAAUGUUUCCUAAUGUGAGAGGAAGUAAUUUUCAAAAUAAUAACCGAAACAUAGUAUUAUUCCCAUUCGACAGGUUCAACUCGUGAGCAAAAUUUUUCAUGCCACUCUAGAUUGAAAAUUUUUUUGUGUGAAAAAUAUAAAUCUUCAAAAUUCAAUAGUACAGUUGACUCGCGAUAGUCCAACACUACGGAACCGCGAAUGUGUCGGAUUAUAAAAGAUUGACUCUAUUUAAUUGAAUUCGCAGUGUAUAAGUUUGGAAAUCUAGUUUUAACGAUGAAUUUUUAUGUAAUAUUUGACAAGAAAAGAUUCAAAAUAUGUAAUGAAGUCAGGCUUCAGUUUUUACAAAAGAAGAGGAAUUUAUUUAAUAUUAAAAUCAUAACACAACACAUAUCGGUUUUACAGGUUAGGGUAAGAGCAACUAGAGUAGAUCGAUGACUCAUACGGCGCUGUGUCGAACUGUAAAGUGUCAAACUAUCGCGCGCCAACUGUAUAUGCAUCAGUCGUGCCUAAAUUCGAAAAAAAGUGAAAAGAAAGAGGGUAGCUAGUCAGACCAGAAAUACCUAAUAAUUGGUUUUAAAAAAAAUGUGUCUUAGCACAAUCAUAGCUGAAUUAUUGUUCAGGUUAGGUCAAAUUUAUUAAUACUAGAUAUCGAAAAAUCUUGUGCAUUACUUCAAUAAAUAAUACCUUGAAACUAGAGGUAUGAAUACAUCGAAAAUUAAUUAGUGAGUAGAUUAUACAUGAAUAUUUUCAUGUUUUUUCAUAUGUGAUUUUAGCUGACGUUUGUAAAUAGUUGCAGGCAAGUGUUGUUUACUUAUUUAGGUUUUGUUUUAAAUUUUCAAUAAUCUAAACUAAUAUAAAGAUAAUAAAUUUGUUUGUUUUGAAA